CUUUGCUUUUAGCUUUCUGGUUCCUUCUCUUCGACGUUCUCUCUCUAACUUCUCUCUCUACAGUAGACCGAAAGGCGGCUCGAAAUUGGGACUUAUCGUUGCAUCUGAGCUUCAAUUAGAUCGGGACUUGUUGUGUGGAAUCUAUAAUCGUCUCAAUUCGAUCAGGAAUUCGGAGUUUCGCUGCGUUUGGAUUCGUUUGGGGGCAAAAUUAGGGUUUCAUUUCAGGGGAAGCUGUCGAUCGGGGGAUUCGUGGACGGCGGACGGGCGGAGUGGCGUGGAAAAGGAUGGAUUUUGGUGGGAAUUGAGGGGCGAGAUUGAUGGUAGUUGUUGGAAUUGAAGGCGGGAUCGCGGCUGGGAUUUGGGAAAAUGCAAGGCUAUGCAUGGGAGGGGAGGUGAGGAGAGGAAACGGAGUUGGCACAUGUUGACAGUACCCACGCGUGUAUCUGUGGCCGAUGGUUCUUCUUCAUCAUCCUCGUCUUCGCCCAAUUCGUUUUUCAAGGACGGACGUAAGAUCAGUGUUGGCGAUUGUGCUCUUUUCAAACCACCCCAGGAUUCUCCACCCUUCAUUGGAAUAAUUCGUUGUGUGACUACAGGCAUAGAGAACAAGUUAAAAUUAGGUGUUAAUUGGCUUUAUCGACCUGCUGAAAUAAAGCUUGGCAAAGGCAUCCUGUUGGAUGCUGCGCUGAAUGAAAUUUUUUAUUCCUUUCAUAAGGAUGAGAUUCCUGCCGCAUCGUUACUUCAUCCGUGUAAAGUCGCGUUCCUUCCUAAAGGUGUUGAUCUUCCGUCAGGGACUUCAUCUUUUGUGUGCCGGCGUGUUUACGACAUCACAAAUAAUUGUCUAUGGUGGCUAACUGAUCAGGACUAUAUUAAUGAGCGACAAGAGGAGGUAGAUCAAUUGUUGUACAAAACUCGAGUAGAAAUGCAUGCAACUGUGCAGUCUGGUGGCCGAUCCCCGAAACCAAUGAAUGGUCCAACGGCAGCAUCACAGGUAAAAGUUGAGUCAGAUGGUGUCCAGAAUAGCGCCUCAUCUUUUUCCUCUCUAGUGAAGGGGAAAAAAAGGGAGCGAGGCGAUCAAGGUUCUGAACCUGUCAAACGAGAACGCACUAUGAAAAUGGAUGAUGGGGAUUCUGGCAGCUUUAGACAGGAAAGCACUAUAAAAUCUGAACCUGUCAAACGAGAACGUACUAUGAAAAUGGAUGAUGGGGAUUAUGGCAGCUUUAGACAGGAAAGCACUUUAAAAUCUGAACCUGUCAAACGAGAACGCAUUAUGAAAAUGGAUGAUGGGGAUUCUGGCAGCUUUAGACAGGAAAGCACUUUAAAAUCUGAAAUUGCCAAAAUAACAGAAAAAGGAGGGCUUUUAGAUUCUGAAGGGGUUAAGAAAUUGCUGCAGCUCAUGUUGCCGGAUGAAAAUGAGAAAAAAGUAGACUUGGCUGGCCGGUUAAUGCUUGCUAGUGUCAUAGCAGCCACAGAUAAAUUUGAUUGCCUUAGUCAAUUUGUGUUCAAGGGUGUGCCAGUAUUCGAUGAAUGGAUCCAAGAGGUUGGACAUAAAGGGAAGGCAGGUGAUGGGAAUGGACCCAAAGAUAGUGACAAAUCUAUAGAGGAGUUUCUCUUGGUUUUACUUCGGGCACUGGAUAAGCUGCCUGUUAAUCUUAAUGCUCUGCAAAUGUGUAACAUUGGAAAGUCUGUAAAUCACUUACGGAUGCAUAAGAACUUGGAAAUACAAAAGAAAGCAAGAAGCUUAGUUGAUACAUGGAAGAAACGAGUUGAAGCUGAAAUGGAUGCUAAGUCCAAUUUAAAUGCGGCCGUCUCCUGGUCUCCAAGACCACGCCUCCCAGAAGUUUCUCAUGGUGGAAACAGACAUUCUGGUGGAUCCGCUGAUGUUGCCGUGAAGAGCUCGGUCACACAGCUUUCUGCAUCCAAAUCUGCUUCAGUUAAGCUUGUCCAUGGAGAUAGUACCAAAUCUGCUUCGGUAUCCCCGGGAUCUUUGAAAUCGGUUCCCUCACCAGUGUCAGCAAGUUCUAACUUAAAAGAUGGACUGCCUCAAAUUGUUGCUGUUGGCGUCACAGUUGAUCUUCCUUCGACAACUCCAAGGGAUGAGAAAAGUAGCAGUUCUAGUCAAUCUCACAACAACAGUCAGUCGUGUUCGAAUGAUCAUGCAAGAACUGGAGGUAUGUUUGGAAAAGAGGAUGCGAGGAGCUCUACUGCUGGUUCAAUGAAUGUGAAAGUAUCGGGUGGCUCUUCCCGACCUCGGAAAUCAGCCAAUGGCUUCCCAGGACCCGCUCUCUCUGGAGUUCAAAGAGAAACCGUGUCAAGCAGAAGGUCGUCUUUGCACAAGAAUCCAGCUCCAGAAAAAUCAUCACAGCCAGGAUUGACAAGUGAAAAGGUACUAGAUGGACCUUCUGCUGAGGGAAAUGGACCUUCUGCUGAGGGAAAUGGACCCAAGUUGAUUGUUAAGAUUCCAAAUCGUGGUCGCAGUCCUGCACAAAGUGGCAGCGGAGGUUCGUCUGAAGAUCCUUUAAAUACUAUUUGCAGAGCUGCUUCUCCCAUGCAAAAGGUUGAUGCUUAUCGAGCCACCGUUGCCUCAGAUGUGAACAACGAGUCAUGGCAAAGUAAUGAUUUCAAAGAUGUACUGACUGGCUCGGAUGAGGGCAAUGGGUCCCCAGCUGCUGUUACUGAUGAAGAGCAUUGUAGGCCUGGUGACAAUCCUAAGAAGAUUGCAGAAGUCCCAAAAGCUGCUUCCUCGUCAUCUGGGAACGAAAAGUCAGGGAACUUGCAGGAUGCUUCCUUCAGCUCUAUACAUGCAUUAAUUGAAAGCUGUGCGAAGUAUUCUGAAGGUAAUGCCUCUUUGUCAGCUGGAGAUGAACUUGGUAUGAAUCUGCUUGCUAGUGUUGCUGGAGAGAUGUCUAAAUCUGAAUCCCCAACUGAUUCACCUCAAAGGUCUACCCCAGUAUCUGAGCAUCUCUGCAAAGCCACUGAUUCUAGAGUCAAAUCACCUCCUGUUGAUGAGCUUGCUCGAGAUGAAAGUCAGUCUAAUGAUGGCCCUGAUGAUGAAUAUGAGAAGCAUGGUGUUGCAUCCACUACUUAUGGGACGAAGAAUGGGGUUGUCAAAUCUUCUUCUUCCCUGCCUGAACAGUCUUCUGUAGCAGAGGACACUGGAAAUCUAUGCUCCUCCAGUAGAAGUUUUCAUCAUUCUGCAGAACCCACCCCAGAAAGCAAAGAAAAAUCCAUGGAAGUUAAGUUAGCUCCUUUUACCGCUUCCCCUCCUAGUACAGUUGAGAAAAUUAUGGGCGGUGAAGGAUUACCCCUUCAAGACAAAAAUGUGGUUGGUGGAGCGAGUGCUGAUGGCAGUUCAGAAAAUAAGGUCAGUGAUGUUAGUUCGAGGGUAGUGAUGGGGAAAGAAGCCAUUGAAGAAUCUUCCUUGCACCCAGAGUUUGAUGUUGAUGGUAAGAUAGAAACUUCAAGUCAUGAAGGGAGUGUUCAUACGGAGGAGAAACCAUCUAGUUUAAAGAGGCAUUCUGAGUUAGGGAAAGGAACCUGCAAAGAAGUGCCACUUUCUUCUGGUUUUCGUAAGGGUUUGAUCUCAGAAAAUGUCAGUGAACUGAAGGCUGAAAAAGAUGAUGAAAAGGAUGGCCGGAGUUAUUGUAAUCAGGCUGAAAAUCACCGAAUUGAUUCAGAAAGUAAUGGUCCUGCCACUUUGAAAACAGAAAAUAAUGAUCUUACAACUCCCGAGGGUCGAGCUCUAGGUGGCUCUAGUUCCGCUGCUACUGAAAACACAGGUGAACAUGUAGAGGAGAAUAUGAAAAGUAAAGAAGCUAAUGAUCAAGUUGUUGAACCUGGUAUUACCAAUGUUUCACCUGAUAUUCCCAUGCAAGAAGUAGAAGAGUAUUUGAGGUCUAAGAGGUCUAAGUUAACCAACAUGGAAUCAGAAGAAGCUGAGGAAUGUACAUCUACAACUGCAGAUGCUUCUUCUGUGUCUGCUGCAGGGGCAGCAGAUGUGGAUGCAAAAGUGGAGUUUGAUUUGAAUGAAGGCUUUAAUGCCGAUGAUGGGAAAUAUGGAGAGCCAAAUAACUUGACAGCACCUGGAUGUUCAACAGCUCAUCAGUUGAUUAGCCCGGUUCCUUUUGCUGUUUCUUCUGUGUCUAGUGGCCUUCCUGCUUCAGUUACAGUUCCUGCUGCAGCAAAAGGGCCUUGUGUUCCGCCAGAGGACCUGUUGAAGAGUAAAGGGGGGGAGGUUGGUUGGAGGGGAUCAGCAGCUACAAGUGCAUUUCGGCCAGCUGAACCCAGAAAAGUUCAAGAAAUUCCACUGGGUACAAGUAUUUCAGUUCCCAACCCUACACCGAGCAAGAAAGGACGCCCAGCUUUAGACAUUGACUUGAAUGUACCUGAUGAAAGAAUUCUCGAGGAUAUGGCUUCUCAAAGUUCUGCUCAAGAGACAUGUUCUCUUGCUGACACAAUAAACAAUGAAACUUUUGCAGGUGAUCAAUCGAUGAGUAUUGCACCCGUUCGCAGCUCUGGAGGUCUUGACCUUGACUUGAAUCAAGUUGAUGAGGCUUCUGAAAAGUGUAAUUAUCCAUUGAGCAAUAGUCGCCGAAUGGAUAACCAAUUCCCAUCAAUAAAAUCAAGUGGACCUGUCAAUGGAGAAGUUAGUCUUCGUAGGGAUUUUGAUUUGAAUAACGGACCUGUUGUCGAUGAGUUGUGUGCUGAACCGGCAGUGUUUAGUCAGCAUAGCAGGAGCAGUGUGCCAUCUCAACCACCUGUUUCUGGUUUUAGGAUGAACAAUACAGACAUAGGGAAUUUCUCAUCAUGGUUUCCUCCAGGCAGUACGUAUUCUGCAGUCGCAAUUCCUUCAAUUAUGUCAGAUCGUGGAGAGCAACCAUUCCCAAUUGUUGCAACUGGUGGACCACAGAGGAUGUUGGGUCCCCCAAGUAGUAGCAACCCUUUCAAUCCUGAUAUGUACAGGGGGCCGGUGUUGUCAUCUUCCCCAGCAAUGAACUAUCCUUCUACUUCUUUUCCGUAUCCAGUUUUUCCUUUUGGAAACAAUUUUCCUCUGCCCUCGGCCGCUUUUCCAGGCAGUUCAGCAACAUAUCUUGAUUCAUCAUCUGCUGGGAGGCUUUUUCCUGCUGUUCGUUCCCAGUUGUUAGGACCCGCUGGUGUGCUUUCGUCCAGUUACCCAAGGCCUUAUGUUGUUAAUCUUCCUGAUGGUAGCAAUAACAGUAGCGGGGAAAGCAGUAGGAAAUGGGGAAGACAAGGCCUUGAUCUCAAUGCAGGGCCUGGAGGCCCAGACUUAGACGGGAGAGAUGUGACAUCACCUCUUGUCCCGCGGCAACUACCUGUUGUCAGUUCACAAGCCCUGGCUGAGGACCAAGCAAGGAUGUUCCAGAUGCAAGGUGGCACCUUUAAAAGGAAGGAACCCGAGGGGGGUUGGGACGGCUAUAGACAGUCUUCGUGGAAAUAGGCGUGUCUAAUGGAAGAGUUUGGCGACUCAUGAAAGCUUUGCUUUGAGGAUCGGCAUUUGGUAAACGAACCCCCACGAGGUCAUUGUCUAAGCUUGUGUGCUUCUGGAGGAUGGGCGGUAAGUGAGUUAUUUGAUGUUGUUCAUGGUCUCCGAUCCCCUCCCCGUUGAUGUGUCAGUUGCAAUCUUGAAAGAUAAAUGGGUUCUUCAAGCUGUUUGUUCCUUGAAUUUGUUAUGGGCAGACGCUGUCUUGUUUCCGCUUUGUAGAUAUUCUAACAGUUAGAAAACAUACUGUGGUUCCCAUACACAAUCUUUGGUGCCCCUUUUGGUCUUCAAUGCAUUAGAUAUAAACUGAAAAUAAUCUUCGUCGUUGCCAAACGUCUACAUUGUCGAAGUUCAACUGCUCAAAACAGAAGCUUCUGUGUGUGGCACUGUUAGGUUGUUAAUUUAUCUUUUCAUGCUCGUUACUGCGGUU